CCAUAGUCAAGAUUCCUUGUAGCUGCCAGCAUCGCCAGAUCGGUUCCCCGAAACCACCUUCACUCGCUUCUUCAAGUUGUCGCUUUGAGAUUUACUGCGUCGGCGCAAAACGACAAGAGCCAACAACACAAUGUCCGAGAGCUACGUCGCACCCCGAGAUCAGCGCCAUUUGCGCGCAUGCAUGGUCUGCUCUAUUGUUGUUCACCAAAAGCGCUUCUACGAUGAGGGGUGCCCCAACUGUGAAGACUUCUUGCACCUACAGGGCUCGACGGAUCAGAUCGAGAGCUGCACAUCCCAGGUUUUCGAGGGCCUGAUCUCGCUGGCAGACCCCACAAAGUCCUGGGUCGCCAAGUGGCAGCGGCUGGACGGCUACGUCAGAGGAGUUUAUGCCAUCAAGGUCUCUGGCCAGCUGCCGGAUGAUGUUAGGGCUACGAUUGAGGACGAGUAUAGGAUACAGUACAUCCCCCGCGAUGGAAGUGCCACAGAGGCAGACGUUUAGGGUGUUUGACAUGGCGUUUUUGGGAUUGGCAAGGAGUCUGGGUCUGGGAUUUAAAUGAUUAGCGAAUAAAGCCUAAUUGGCAUUCAAUUUAAGUCGUAAACAUUCAAUAUUUGCGCUCAGAG